CACCGUCGCCGUCCGUCAAAAAAUUCUCCGCAAGAACAAAAUCACAUCGCGUCCGGAGUGCGUUUUAAUUAUUUUCCUUUUUCCGUUUUUGGCCUAGUUUUGCGGGUCCGUUUCCGGUCGAAAAGCGGUGCAAAGGUUGCCGAAACGUUCCGGGAGUCGGUUUCCGGUGCCGGUUUGCGAGAAUUCGAGUGGCAUUUGCGUGAAUUUUCCGUUUAAUCGGGGGUCGGGUUUUCUGCAUUUUUUUUGUUGGUGUGGUUGGUGUUAGGGAAAUCAAGAACAAGAAGAAGGAAACCCAUCAUCAUCAUCAGCCAGCAAGCAGCAAUCCCCUCGCUCGGAUCAGGAAGAGACCGAAAUUAUCAACUCGGUAACACGAAACUGAACUGUGUCGGCUGAAAGUUUGUCUGGCUGGAAAAAGGACACAAAAGCACUCGCGAGAAUUGGAACGAAGAACACUGUAAACAAUAAUCGCGAACUAUUGUUUAUUUUUGUGUGGUGGAGUGAUCUUUGUUAGGCUUGUGGCAUUUAUCGGAAGGUUUCCUCCUGCGCGGACCGGACGCCACAAGCUGUGUUUAGAAUAAGUCGAACGUUUGAGUAUUAGAAGCAAAAGAAAAACAGAAUUAGUUAAUAUUUUCCGGAAACUGAACUAUUCUGGAAGAUAUUGGACGGAAGUUUCGAUACUAUGUGCAGCUAGUUGAAUUAUGAACGUUUUCAACCAAGUGCUACCUAGUAUGAAUCCUCAAGACCUCAGUACUAUGGUUUGGAUGGGACAGUUCGGUUCGCCCCUGGAUGAAAACCUGACCAACAUGUACGGGCAACCGGUGCCGACCGUUAUGGAUGACAUCACCCAGCAGAACCCCGCCCUGGAGAUGAAUCCCGCUAUAGGGUCGCUGAUCGGUGACUACAGCGGGCACGUGACGGCCAUCCCUACCCCCACCGGUGGUUUGACAACGAUCCCGAAUCCAGACCUGGCUCUUACCAAUCCGGACCUGUUCCAGCUGCAGCAGCAACAGUUGCAACUACAGCAACAGCUCAGCUUGGGAAACUACAAUUUUCUGGAACAGAGCGGGCUGGCUGGCCAAUUGGCAGCGGCUGCAGCUGCAGCUGGAAAUGUCUCGGUUUCCACUGCCGGACUGAAUACCAGCGGCCCGAGCGAAGUAGAAGAUAUAACAGCAGUUGAUGAUGUGGAUAAUGAUGAGCUGGAUGAUGAAGAACACGUCAUGCAAACAUACGAACAGUAUCAGCGGAUGGUGGAUGGAGGUGGUGAAUUUCUGUCCGUUGGUGGACCAGAUAACAUCCUGGGAUACAAGCUCAUGAAUGAGGCUCAACUGAUGCAACCGCAGGGAAACUUUCUCGAUUUCGAUGGAGGAGACGAGGGAUCGUCGAGUCCACCGGCAAUGUCAAUGGAAUCGGUUGGUCUGAAGGUGGCAAAUUUUGCCCAAAUGGCUUCGGACGAAGGUUCCGGUGGGUCGAUUCCGGGCAGUGGUGGGGGUGGAGGAUCCGCAGUUCGAUUUCCUAGCAAAAAAAUUAAACCCGUCAAACGUCCUGGCUUGGUCCUGAAAACACCGAUCGCCUACAAAGGUGACAUCGACCCAUCAGUUAUUCCGAUUCAACGCGAUGGAAUGGCAAUCUGUGAAAAGUGUGGCGCAAUAGGAGUCAAGCACUCAUUCUACACCAAACAACGCCGCUUUUGUAGUAUGACCUGUGCCCGCUCGUUCGACGCGCUACGAUUGUACAGCAGCACGGGUAUCACACCGGCCGGUGGCAAUCUUCUCGGUUACAGCACCGGCACCGGCAAAUCAUCGAAUCUAUCGACCGUCGGUUUGGACGAAACAAGCAGCAGUAGCAGCACCCAUAUUCCCACGGUGGGAACGCCUUCAGCACUACCUCCGGAGCAGCUGAUCGACGAUUCAGCGGACGACGAAUCGCACCACUCGAAUCAAUCCCUUGGUGGCGGCGGUGUCGUCUCGGCCGAACCGGAGGACAGCAAACAGUUCUUUCAGCAGCAACAGCUGCAGUUUCAACAGAAGUUGGGCCUGCAGCAACUACAACAACAACAGCAACAACUACUCCAACAACAACAACAACAACAACAGCAGCAGCAGCAGCAGCAAAAACAGCAACAGCCAGUACAAAAUAUUAGCUAUCGGUUCAAAAUGUCUCAGAUCAGCAGCGACAACAGCAAUCACGGAACACACAGCGAAAAAUCGGCUCACCACGGCCAGCAGCACGAGAUAGUUCCGCAGGACGAGAUCCCGCAGCUGCCCCGUGGAAAUCGGCUUCCUUCGCCCUGCCCGCAGGAUGAGCGAAUCAUCACCAUUCGGCGGAAACCUUCCGAUUUCAUAAAUUCCUUCGAUUGGACGGCUUCGCUGUCGGAUCCAACAUUCUUUGCCGCCCCCGUUACCUGCUUCCGCCAUGCGCCCGGGUACGACAUGUGGCCAAAUGUGGUCAUAGGAAUGAAGGUGGAGGUGGAAAAUACCGACGUUGACGCGCAACAAUCUUUGAUCAGUGGAACGCCUCACUCCUUCUGGGUGGCAACCGUUCUGAGAAUUUGCGGCUACAAAGCCCUCUUACGCUAUGAAGGUUUCGAUACCGACUCGACCAAGGACUUUUGGGUUAAUCUGUGCUCCUCGGAAGUACAUCCGGUGGGUUGGUGUGCGACUCGAGGCAAACCGCUAAUUCCACCGAAAAGUAUAGCCAAACCGUACAAGGAUUGGAAGGAAUUUUUGGUGAAACGAUUGUCCAAUGCCCGCACACUUCCCUCGACCUUCUACAACAAAAUCAGCGAAAGCUUCAAGUCCCGAUUCCGCGUGGGGCUGAAUCUGGAAGUGGUUGACAAAAAUCGCAUCAGCCAGGUGAAGGUGGCUUCGAUCCAUAAAAUCGUUGGGAAGCGGCUGUAUGUGCGGUACUAUGACAGCCCCCCGGAUGACAAUGGUUUCUGGUGCCAUGAGGAUUCUCCGCUGAUUCACCCGGUCGGGUGGGCUACCACCGUUGGCCAUAAUCUUGCCGCACCGGAGGAAUAUAUGGAUCGAAUGAAUGCCGCCCGUGACCAGAUUCUGGAACCGAACGAAGACGACGCCACCAUGGAUCUGUUCAAGACCAAUUUCCACUUCGAAGAGUACUAUCUGGAAGGCCGACAGACCGGAUUCGAGGAAGGUAUGAAGCUGGAGGCCGUCGAUCCGCUCAAUCUUUCGUCCAUCUGUGUGGCCACGGUGAUGUCGGUGCUUAAGUUCGGCUACAUCAUGAUCCGCAUCGAUUCGUACGAUCCGGACGUGAGUGGGGCCGAUUGGUUUUGCUACCACGAGAAAUCUCCCUGCAUUUUCCCGGUCGGCUUUUGCCUUUCGAACCAGAUCGCACUGACCCCUCCCAAAGGCUACGAACAGGGCAUAUUCACAUGGGAACAGUACCUGGUGGACACCAGCAGUAAACCGGCCACCGAAGACCUGUUCCAUCGCGAUUUGAUAAGGCAGAAGUUUAAGGUUGGCAUGAAGCUGGAAUCGGCGGAUCUGAUGGACCCCCGGUUGAUCUGUGUGGCCACCAUUUCCCGGGUGGUGGGUCGGCUGCUGAAGGUACACUUCGACGGCUGGGACGACGAGUACGAUCAGUGGCUGGACAGCGAGAGUCCAGACAUCUACCCGAUCGGGUGGUGUGUGCUGGUCGGGCACAAACUGGAGGGACCUCGGGUACUCCCGAAGAUACCGCCGGUGCAGAAAAUUCCGCCUAAAAUGGCCCCCAAGGGCGGUGGUGCCAAGGGCAAGCGAAAGAAGAACCAGAAAACUAUCAAAAUGGAAAUGAAUCCCAGCGGAGACUUACAACCUCUGCCAACAACCCGUACUGCUUCCGUGAAGAAAGAACAAGAACGAUUCGAACAGCAAAAACUUCUCAACCCACCUGCUGCCGACCAUCAGUCCAGCUCGGUUCCGUACGCAAUCGGUCAGCUGCAGAGCAGUCUGGAUCAGAUCCAGUACGGUAGCAGCGGUCAUCAUCAUAGCCAUCCUGCCUCGAUAUCGGUAUCCUCACUGGAAUCGUCCCACCAUCAUCACCAUCACCGGCCGACAUCCGGAUCGCUGCUGUCGAUCAAACACGAACCACCACACCACGAUUCGUUGCUGGGGCCGAUCUUCGAUCAGUCUACCGAAAGUAUCGACUGCGGCGGUGACGAUGACAUGGGUGGUCUGAAAACCGAGGACGAAGAUGGCGAAUCGAACGCCAGCGCAACCGGAAAUCCGUCAUCGGCCCCGUCCGAAAUUACCGACAUCGAGAUGGAAAAAUUCAUUCCACGGCUUAUCAACACAGGCGACAACGGCAGCAGUUGUUCGCCGGAACCGGGCCACGGAGGGCAGCUCAAUCCGGACAGCUGGGACGUGAAGGAUGUGGCCAUGUUUCUGUCGGCCAACGAUUGCACCAUGCACUGCGAACCGUUCGUGACCGGCGGGAUCGACGGACGAAGGCUACUGCAGCUCAGCAAGGACGAUAUCAUCACCCUACUCAACAUGAAGGUCGGUCCGGCGUUGAAAGUCUAUGAUCUCAUCCAGCAACUUAAGUGCAAAAUCGAUCCGACCAGCAAGUCGCGGCUGCUCAAAUCCAGCCUGGGAAAAAAGUUUCUGUAGCGAGAAGUCCAAAUUGGCCUCAAGGAUACAUACACACAUAGUACACACGGUUAAGAACAAUGAAGGAGAAAAAAGAAAACACAAGAACACCAACUUCCUUCAAGAGUAUUAAUUUAUUUCUCCGUUCUUUUACACAUUGCAAGGCGCCCUUAGCCAGCUACUAGAAGCUUUUCGUUUUUUACUAGGUCCAUAUUAGUAGGAAGUUUUUUUUUCGUAUAGUAAAGUUUAUAGGUCUUUUUUAAACAAGUACUCUUUUUGUUGUGAUGAACAUGAAUCAUCUUUUUUUUAUAAUUUACGGAAUAUUCCAAAGCCUUGUGUCGUCGUUGCUGAUUUAUACUUUUUUGAUACAAACAUGAACAAUUCCAGUGAUACGAGAACAAAACUUGCAUAUUAACUCAAUGAUUUUUUUUCUACAAAUCAAACACGAAAGUCAUAGCACUUCCGGUACCCCAGGUGAAAACACGGAAAAAGCAAUUUACCAAAAAACAAGAAGAAAGAAAAAUAAUCAAAGAGGAACAAAACGCGACGCGCCAUCUCUGGAGCAACAACAUUAGAAAGUGUGUAUGAGAAGAGCGAAACAAAAAAUCGAGAGCGAUGAUUGCUGUUGUGGGUGGUGAAUGUCGGGUACUAACAAACAAACAAACAAACAAACACAUGUGUGGAUAAUGUUUUCUGUGUCAUUUGUGGCGAAUGUGGUUAUUUUUCUAACAAGCUCGAAUUGCCUACUUUCCGGAGUGAAAUAAUUCAUCUAACAGAGAGCACUGCUGCUGGAAAAGAACUCAAACCCCGGAGGUAUCGAGAAUGGAACGGAACAAUACAAAGGAAAGCAUAUAUGUAUGUAGGAGAACAGAAAAGUAUACACACAAACAAAAAAGUUUAAACACAUACACGAGAAACUGUAUAAAGAUAAACAAUCUGAAAAAAGGUAGAAGUAUAGAGGUUCAGAAUUUAUUGGAAUAAUAACGUUUUUACAAGGAAACACAGAGAAAAAGAGAGAGAAAAACCGCAAAAACAUAUAUUUAGUAUGUAGAGUAGUAGCAAGGAGGAAAACACAGAAAAGUGAAAGAAAUAAAAACAAAACUAAUGGGAAGCGUCAUUUCCCGAAUAAUGUA